GCUUCCAGAGAUACUUUUACUCUACACCACGGAUCGUUAUUCGUUAGCCGCUUGGGCGAUCGGUUACGUUUCUUGUUUGUCAUUAUUUGCUUUUCUUGUGCAAGAUUUUAGCUUGUGCUUAGACUGGAUAAGCACUGGACCAGGUUCAGAUAUACUCAGGAGCCAGUGCAUACCCAGUACUUGCAACGGUGCGUAACAGAGACGUGACUGAUCGUCCAAGCGGCUAAAGAGCCGAGCAGUGGUGAAAAGGAUAAAAGUUUGGAGUUGUUGUAGAAGCAGAUCUUGUCAAGAAAAAUGGAAAGGGACAUCUUGUAUCAAGACUAUGAGGAAACUGUCCAGAAGCAAGCUGCUCUCCUACAAAGACAACAGACGAUGAUAGAAAAUCUUCAGGAGGAACUGGCAUUACAGCAGCACAAACUAGUCUCGGCCAAUAAACGUUAUCAGGGCAAGAUAGAGUCACUGAUGCAACAAGCUCACACGGCCACCUUACAGGACUUUCCUGAAGAGAUUCACUUGUUGAAGCAGGAGCUGGAAACUUCCCUCAAGGAGAAGGAGUUAAUCCAAGCAGAGAGUAAGAGACAAGCUCUGGAAGUUCAGCGUCUACAUCAAGUAGUGACCCUACAGGCUGGGGCUGGCAGCACUCCUUACGUUCCACCAGCUGGCCAGUUGUCAGAAGAGGAGUACUCAAGAGUGGUACAGGUGCUGGAAGAGGAAACAGACAGACUACGAACUGAAGUGGGAAAGAUAGAGGAGGAAAAACUGCAGAUACUCAAAUCUAAUGUUGAACUAAAGAAAAGGGUGUCCACAUUUGAGGCCCAAUAUGACCAGGAGAAGCAGAGAAACAAUGCCUUAAGAUCUGCCAUGGAUGAUAAGGAAAUGGCACUGGAGGAUGUCAAAGCUUCCUUCACAGCUCUCACCUCCAAGUUCACAGAGCAGAGUGAAGACCUGCGAACCUUGUUGGCUCAGACAGAAGCCCUUCAUAAGAGUAAGGAUCAUUUGUCGAAAAUUCUCUUAAAUGUUAAGGACAAAUUAAAGGAAGCCCAAAAACGGGUGGCUGAAAGUGUACGCAUUGCUGAGGAUGCUCUUGUGGAGAAGGACGCAGCACUUCUACGCGAAAAACAUGCCUUAAAUGAAGUGUGUCGCUUGGAGACUACUGUUUCGUCGCUCACAGAGGAAGCUGGGAAGAAAGCUCAAGCAGAAGUGUCCAAGAUCAAGGAUGACUAUAACACUAGCAUAAAAAAAAUGUCACAGGAAGUCAUGAAUCUUGAGAUGGCCUUGAAUGAAAAGCAGCUAGAGUUUGAGCGGAGUAUGAGGGAACUGAAGAAGGUAACAAAUGAGGCAGAGCAGAUACAGGGCGAGCUGAAUCGUAAGAGAGAUCAGCAUCACCAAGAAAUUGUCAACUUUCAAGACCACAUCAACUCGCUGGAGGCCAAAAUUCUGACACUCUCAGUAGAGAAAGAUAAUAUGUGCACAACAAGUCUACAGAUUGCUCAGGAAAAUGAACACCAGAGAGAAGAACUUUUAAUGAGAAUCUCUGAGUUGGAGGAGAGAUUGACAAGCUCACGCACUGAGUGUGCUGCUGUGAGACUCGAGUGUGAGGAGGUUAAGAGGAAUUAUAACACUGUCUCUGCCCUCCUGAACAAAGUUAAAGAGGACAGUGAAGCUACUGAGAAGUUUUUGAAAAGGCAGUUGAGACUGAAAACAGAGGAAUUGGAAGACAUGUCAGCCACAGGUCAAGCUCGUCUGGAUGCUUCAGAUUCUGCUCACCGUGAUGCUGUAUCCCAGAUGUAUGAGAACACUGCAGUCAUACAAGAGAAUUAUUCAAAGUUUCAAUCACAUGUUUCUGCUCAGAAAAUUGAAUUCGAACAAAGAAUAACAGAUCUUAAGCAUUGCCUGGAAGAAAGUAAAAAAAAGAAUCAACAGCUGACUCAUUCUCUCCACGAAGCCAACACCAACCUGGCUGUUGCAAAAGAUAUUGCUGACCAGUACAAAGAGAGAAUCAGUGAGGUGGAACACCGCCUUCAUGCAGCAGAACGUAGAUUUGCAACAGUUAGACAGAAAAAUAUACCCAGUGAUGGAACAUUCAGAUGAUGAAUAUUCUUCACUUAUCAUCAUCAAUAUUUUACGGCCAUUUUCCACUCCUGUGUGUGGGUUAGCUGAGAUUGCCUGAUGGCAGCUGUUGGUAAAACCAGAAAGGGAUGUUCCCCCACACUCUCCACUGCAAACCCAAGGCACCAGCCCAGAAAAUGCAGCGCAGACCAUAGGAGUGGUACAGUUUUGGUGACCAAGUUGCUAUCAGGUGUAUUAAAGCAGAGUUUUAUGGAAAUACCUGGUAAGACAGGGCCCAAAUUACCUGAGAUAAUCAAAGACUACUUGCUUAUUUUUUAAAUGUGGUAUCACUUUUUUUUUCUGAUAACUCUGUAGAGGCAGUCCCUGAGUUAUGAACAGGUUACAUUUGGAUCUGCUUGUAAGUCGGAACUGUUAAUUCCAUAGGUUAGGUUAGGUUAAAGCAAAACCCUGGCCAUACAAAACAACAGUAAUAUCUCCGUUAGCCGGAAUCUCUCAAACCCGGAACUCUCCGAUGUCUGGAAUUGAAAUUUUCUCGGAAAAUUGUUCCCAGUCUAAAUUUUCCGAAAAAUUCCGGCCUUGGGAACGAUUUUCCGAGGGGCACAUUUUCCGGAAAAUUCAGACAAAUUUUUCCCGAUACCCUGCAAAUUCCAGAAAAAUUCCGAGGAUGAGGGAUUUUUUCCGGCUUUGAGAGAGUCGUCUCGUUUCCCGGAAGUGCUCUGUACCAAUUGUUCUGGCUAACGGAGAUAUCACCGUAAUAUCCUUUACAUAAGAAAUAACGAAAAUCUGUAAAUAUAGUGAUGUUGAAUAAUAUAAAGUACUGAAGUUAUGAACACCUGCACUUAUGAAUGGGAUCACAAUAUUUUCAUCACAAAAAUCCCAUAUUUUACAUUACUGUACUUACAUUAUUAUUUAUUGUUUAAUAUCACUUUCUUCACAGUAUUUACAUUAUUUGUUAUGUAUGGGAUAUUAUUGCUGUUCUGUAUGAGCAGGGUAGUGAUUUAACCUAACUUAAACUAUGGAAUUAACACUGUUCCGACUUACGAACAAGCUCCAGGAAUGUACCCCGUUCAGACCUCAGGGACUUCCUGUAUUGGGAUCCCUUUCAUAAGUGCAGGUGUUCGUAAAUCACUUGACAGAUAAUACAGUACAGUAAACUCCCCUUUACACUGGGGAAGGGUUAGUCCAGAUUUUCUGGGGAUUAAGGCCAGAUACACAAAGUCAUAGGGGGAUUGCUACUUUACACUUUUAAAUUUUUUUUUAAUACCUGUACAGUAUAUUUAUACAUUAUAAUAAAAAAUAAGAUAUAGCAUAUAA